GGGCACCUUCUAUCUCGUGUGAACCUGAUUAGGAUCGCUUCUCAAGAUCUCAAUGGUGUCGAUGCGACACCUCGACUUAUCUCAGACUGUACUGUAUUCAACUCCUCAAUGCCAGAUUGCAUUGCCAGCGUCCUGAUAGUGAUUGCAUCUCGCGACGUGUGUAAGACGAAUUAGGCUCAUUCUCUAGCAUGCUCCGUUAGACAUAACUACCUUUGAGUAUGUGCACUUCCGACAGACGUUGCGCACCACCUCCACGAGUUCUAUAACCACCGUCCUUAUUGUUUGCGUCCGAGCCCUUGGGAGCCUUUCUCGCAGCGGAGAUAGUUCCAACUCCGUUCGCAUCUAUGGCAGGAAUGCGGCCACAGUCCUACCAUCAAAGCUUCUGGGUUGCAUGCGCAACAUAUCGCCAGUCGCGUUGUGAGAACUGCAUCAUGGAAUCGCUUUAUUUUCAACACCCACGCCGUGACAUGACCGCCUCCGAGUUGCAGCCAAUCCUCUAGGCUCUCC